AUAAGCGCCAACAUGUGCAACCGCAACAAUGAAUACCGACAGCUACGCGUACUUCCUUCUGCUUCUGUGUUCUGUUGCGGGAGAAAUAGCUAGUGCGGUAUAGCGACACGCUUAUUCAUUUUAAUAGGGCGUAUUUGGCAUAUGCGAGGUCUGUGGCCUCUUGAAAGCAAUUUCCUCCUCGCGGUCAGCGGCCAUGACCGAGCCGGUGUUCGAAGCCUUUGCCGUGGUUGGGCUCGCGCUACCACUAUCGGGAGCAGGCGGCGAGGAUGUGGGCCUCAAAGGCCUGCCGGCGGCAACGGAGCGCAUGCGCUUUCGCCCGGCUCUGUUGGACCAUCUCCAGCUGUCCGGCCCCACGAAGCUGCCGACUGGACUCCCAACGUGCUGCAUGCCGGAUGGUGUGGAGCUCAUCCCGCCCUCGGAAGUGGAAGCCGCUGUGAAGCCCGCCGGCUUGGGCCCCAAGCUGUACGCCGUGGUCCUGACUGAUGAAGGCGGGCGGCGGCUGUACGUGUCGUGCCUUAGCUAUAUGGACGCAAUGCCCCCUGCAGCCGCGUGUGAGCAGCUGGCGGGGUGGCAGGCAUCGCGGGCGCUCUGCCUCGUCAGCCGGCAGCCUUACCUGGCAACCGCAGAGCAGGUGUUACGGCGGCUUUAUGUGGCGGUGUUCUGCCUGGGGCCGUCGGCCCCUGUGGCAGACCUUGUAGGGUCGCUGCUGCGGCUUUCGUGCCCGAAGGCGCCGCAGCUCUCUGAGGUGCGGUUCGUGCUGGAAGGCCGGCCGUUCACGCUGCAGUCGCCUGACGCCAUGGGUGUGCCACGCAAUGGAGAGGUGUCGCUUCGGCCGCUACUGGAGGCGCUGUCGCCCACCAACGCCAUGCUUGUCAUCUUAGCGGUGCUUCUUGAGCGACGAGUAGCUCUGGUCAGCAGCCAGCUGCGACUGCCCACCUUGGUGGCGGAGGGCAUAAUGCAGCUGCUGUGGCCGUUCAGGUACCAGCACGUGUACGUGCCCCUGGUGCCGUUGUCGCUGCUGGACCUGUUGGAGGCGCCCACGCCCUUCCUCAUGGGCAUAGGCGGCCACUCGGGCGCAUACCUGGGUGCAGAGCUAGCAGGCGAGAGCGGCGGAGCUGGCGCGGGCGCCGGCCUUGCCGCGCGCGUGCAUGAGGGGCUGGUGGUGGCGGAUCUUGACAGGAAUCGCGUCUACAAUUCCGCCGACCUGCGGCCCAGCUUGGAGCACCCCACGGCUGCCCAGCUGCUGGCCUGCCUGUCGCACCUGGUGCAGCCAGUCGCGCAUGACGGCGGCAGCCUAGCGGAGGAGGAGCCCGUGGCGGCAGGAGCUAUGGGCCCCUCCUCGGCCACGCCGGUGGCGCCACUAGACUUGGAAGCUGAAGGUUCCGGGGCCGCGACGGCCUCCGGGGGCUUGAAGACUGACGCAGGGCAUGCCUGGCCAGACCCGUGGCUGCACGCCGUGCGGACAGCGGCAUCAAGCGGUUGGAGCCCAGGGCACGACGCGCUCGUGCGGCGGCUCUUCCUGCGCUUUUUCUCCAUCCUUCUCAGAGGAUAUCAUCAACACAUGCCAGUUAUUGCGGCUUCCGUACGCACGGACGACGCCGACGCAAUGCCGCUACAGCGCGUGUCACGGCCAUCACCGUGCGGCCCGGCCUUCCGCUCGCCGGAGUUCCUCAACUGCCACGUAGAAAGCCACGGGCCCAAGUCGCGGCCGCUGCUCUCGCAGCUUCUGGGCACGCAGGGCUGGUACGUGCUGCUGGACGAGUGGUGCGGCCGCGCUGCCAACCCGUACGGCUGGUACCGUGUUGCCUGCAACAGCUGCAGGAUGGAGCUGCCUUCCGACCUUGCGCCGCCGGGCGGCAUAGCCGGCAGCAGCGCUGAGGGGCCUCCUGGCACCCGGGCAGGGGAAAACGACGGAGCGGCGCCAGCAACUGGACGGGGCGCGGCAGACACGUCAGCGGUGAUACAGCAUGCUGGCUUUGACGGCGGGGCGGGCGGGCCGGUGGCUGCUGAUGGCCGGUCGGAGGUGGCAGUGAUUGGGCUGCCUGGCAAUGUGGACGACGGCGGGCCGUGCGAGGAUGCUGAGCAUGCAGCACCCACAUCUCUGCUGUCACCGGGGCGCCGCGUCUUCUACUGCCGGCCCUGCCCGCUCUUACAGCGGCGGCGUGCGCCCGUUUACCGGACGUUUCCUGCGUUGCACGUGAGCGAUGAGCCUUACAUAGCGGCAGCGGCCGCAGCUGCGGCUUCCCUACGAAGCAGCCUAGGCGCGCCUAGCGCGGUCCUGGCACCAAGCCCCGCCUCGGCGCCUAUGUGGCAGGCGUGGCAGGCGCAUGUGAUGGCGCCGCCGGGGGCACGUGCAGCUCGGGAGUUAAGCAGCGGCGGUGCGGGCGCGGGCGGUGGCGCAGCGGAUGUCGCGAGGCGGUCCAGCAUGGGCGGGGGCUCAGCGGGCGGCGCAGAGGCGGAUGGGACGGGUAUGGGCGGCGAUGCCGGCGGCGGUCGCGGCUUUGUGCGGCAGUGGCCCUCGGGGCCCCGGCUCUCGCGCUCUCUGAGCAGCGACAACCUGAGCGGCGAGCUGAAGCUGUCGCAGGCCACUGCCGGCGUCAGCAUCAGCGGUGACAGCGGCAAGCCGCAGCCCCGGCAACGUAGCUCCACAGACGGCACCGCCAACAGCAGCAGCUACGGACCUAGUAAACCCCCCACGCUCUCACAAGCAGCAGCGGCGGCAACGCCCCAGCAGCAGCCGGGGACCGGCGCCACUGGCAGCGGGCCAGGGCUGCCUCGUCCCAUCACACACAAGGUGCUGAACGCAAGCGCAGCGGGCGACGCAGCAAGCCUGGCAGCCGCCGGCGUCGCACCCACAUCAGCUGCCGCGGCGUCGCCGUUCGCCACGGCGCUGGGGGCCUCGCUCAGCCUUCGCAACGUGCUUCGCGGCGCUUCCGUGGCUGGAGCCAUGGCGGCAGGGCCCGCUGCCGGCGGUGCUGGCGGCGGCUCUUCUGCCGCUGCAGGUGCUGCUGCCAGCGCCGCCUCCUCGGUCGGGUCGGUGCUGCCGCCGGCUGCGGCCGCCGUCAACAGCCGCUCGCUCGCCAGCUACAAGGCGGAGCAGGAGCUGGUGCGUCAGCAGCUUGCAGCGCUGACGCAGGUGCUGGCCUGGGGCGGGGAUGGCGCCAGUGCCAUUGCAAGCGCUGCAAGCGCCGCUCCUGCGCCUGGUGCAGCCCGGCUGCCGUCUAGGGCGGAGAUGGGUCGCCUGCGGCAGUUGAUGUGCGUACAGACCGCCGGCAGCGGCGCCUUCUUGGUCGGAAGGCUGCGAGACGAGGUCUUCGGCACGGCGGGCACGGUCGGCACGGGCGCCGUCGCCAGCAGCCCAGGUGGCGCGGGUGGCGCCGGCGCCGUGCCGCUGCAGGCCGGCGUGCGCACGCCCGUGGGCGGUCCAGGCGCGGCCACGGCUACAGCGGAUGCGGCAGCUGGUGCUGGCAGCGUGGGCGGUGGCGCGGGCGGGCGCUGUGUGCACUGGGCAGCGUUUGAGGUGUUGGCAGAGGCGCUGGAUGCGGUGGCGUCGGCGGCGGUGGCGGCCGGGGAGUUCGGGGUGCUGGGCGCGGCGUUGGAGGUGGCGAUGGCUACCUACACCUACACAGGCAAGGGAAAGGUGCUGCUGCUGCACCGCCUUACCUCCAACCCCUACCUCUACACCCGGGCGGCUUGGAGCGGGAUCUUCUGCCACACGCUACUCGCUGCAGCCAUGGCCGCGGCUACAUGCGGGCACAGCGGCGGCAGCAAUGGGGAGAUUCCACACGCCAGGAGCGCAGCGGAUGCGCCAGCCGCAGGCGGGCAUGCGGCGUUGCCGCUGCCGCAGCCGGAGUACCUUCGGAGGCAGCGGAUACUGCUGCAGGCGCUGCAGCGCAGCCUCGCGGCGCAGGCGUGCUGGAUGAUGCACCUGGGCGUGUGUGAGGAGUCGGCGUGGGAGCUGGUGACGGGGCUGGUGGCGGCGGCACGCGUGGCAGACCUGCCCGUGGAGGGCGGCCAGCUGCACCGCCUGCUCCUCAACGUGCGAGCCGCCAUGCGCGCCGCCCGCGCCGCCGCCAGCCACCAGCACCGCCGCCGCAUGCCGGACCCCGGGUGCAGCGCCGUCCCGUACCUCGCCCCCGCGACCACAGCCCAGGGCUUGUCUGCCCUCUCACGCGCCGGAGCGGCGGUGACUGCUGGCACCACCAACGCCGGCAGCGGCAGCGCUGCAGCUGCUGGGUCCAGAAUGACCGGCCCCUCCUCGCCGCGAUGGCCUCCCGCCCGCGGUGGCGCCGGUAGCAGCAUGAUGGGCGCUGGCAGCGGUCCGCGGUCAGCGCCGCUGCCGCCGCCUGUGACGCCGCACUUGUCCUUCAAAGACAGCGGCCAGAGCAGCGGCAGCCAGGACGACACAGCCACGGCGGCGGCAGCGGCACAAGCUACCGCCAAGCCAGGGCGCGCAGCCAAUGCCAGCUGGGCUGCUGCCGCCGAUAGCGGCAGCAACACAGCGACUGCUGCGGAUGCUGCUGCUGUCAGCACCCCUGGACCUGGGUAUGGGUCCGGCGUUGCUGGAGCUUUACCGGGGACGCUCCGUGGCCGGAUCCAGGGUGCCGGCAACAGCCCUAACAGCACGCCGCUGAAGAGCACGCCGCCUGACGCUGCCGGUUCGGCUGGGGGGGCAGCUGGCAAGGCGCUGGCGGCUCGGGCACUGGCAGCGGCGGCGGCGGUCGCGGCGUCAGGCGCGGUGCACAGCCCGAGGUCUACCGCGGUAGGCUCCGUGCGGAGCAUGGCGACCGGCGGCGGGCCUAGCCGUGAGAAGCCUUACCGGGUGCAGUACGAGCGGCUUUUGGCCAUUGCCUCAUCGGGCGGGCGGCUGGCUGCGGGUAGUGGCACCAGGUCGCCUGGGGGCAGCGCCGGCGAGGCACAGCCGUCGUCGCCGGACCGCCGGCUCAGCCGCAGCAGUGUUAGCGUCAAGGGCGGGAAGCCGGGCAAGGAGCCGGUCCAGUCCGCGGCGCUGUCGCUGGGCGGUCGCGGCCGCGCGCCCAUCACGUGCCUGGCCGCCGCCUCGGGUGUGGUGCUGGCGGCGCCGCGCCUGCCGCACUACCACCUACUCGCGCUGCAGGCGGAGGGUGAGCUGCGCGCCACUGCCCGCCUGACUCUAGCCCACCUGGACGGAGCCUACGUGGAUGCCGCCGUGCUGGCCGCUGACGGCGCCGUCGCCGCCAUCUCCGUGGCGCCGCUGCCGCCGCGCCGCCACCGGCCCGCGCUCAUCCCCGGCGCCGCAGCUCAGGCUGCUGCUGCUGCGCAGCAGCAACAGCAGCAGCCGCGCUUCCCUCGUGUGGUUGCGCUGGUGGAUGUCGCCGCGGAGCGCACCGUGCGGGAGCUGCGCCCGGCCUCUGCCGGCCGCACCACGGCGCUGCAGAUGAGCCCCACCGCCAACCUGCUCGCCACCGGCUGCGCCGCCUCCUGGGCGCGGCUGUGGGACAUCCGCGCCAGCGCAGGGGCUGGCAGCAGCACCACCACCACCACCGCCGCCACCACCAGUGCUGGCGGCGGUGGAGGUGGUGCUGCUGCUGCGGCCCACGCCCGCGUCCUGUCCUCGGCGGCGGUGUCGCUGGCGACGGGCCAGGGCGGCGUGUGUGCGCUGCUUGCGGACACCGGCCGGCUGCGGCUGUACACGGGCGGCCGGGACGGCAGCGCGCUGGAGUGGGACCUGCGCAAGCCCAACGCGCCGCUGGUGGUGUACCGCGGCCACGCUGGCUGGGUCACCAGCCUGGCGCUACUGCCUGCCUCGGCGCUCACACCGGCUGCUACAGCCGCGCUGCUGCUGGUCACCGCCGGCACCGACUGGACCGUGCGCGUGUGGAACCCGCGCGACGCGACCCCGGUGGCAGUAGCAGCUGCGCCGGCAGCUGUGGCGGCGGCGGCGGCGGCAGCUACAGCCGCCAGUGCUCCCGCGAGCACUGCGCCCCGAGGCCCUGGUGGCAGUGGCGGCGGUGGUGCGGGCCGGGGCCGGGGCACAGGCCGCCCCUCGUCGGGCGGCAGCAGUGACAGGCCCAGCAGCGGCGGCGGUGGCACUGGUCGCAAUAGGAGCUCCAUUGCGGGGGCUCGCGGGGCAGCAGUUGCGGCGGGCGAUGUGCCUCUCGCGGCAGCGGGCAACGUUGCGGCUCCGGACUGGGCGGCGGCUGCGGUGCCGGUUGCCGUGUGUUGGUCGGCCGCGGUGCUUGUGGGGCAUGGCGGGCCCGUGUCCGCCCUGCACGUGGACCAGGCGGCCGGCCUCAUCUACUCGGGCUCGCGGGACGGCAUGCUGGCCGCGUGGGCGCCCGACGGCAGCUGCGCCGGCAUGCGGCGGCACCACGGCGGGGCCGUGCGGCUCAUUGCGCCCUACGCGGCCGCCGCCGCAGGCAGCGCCGCCAGCAGCACCAGGCGCCAGGGGUGGCCCCUGGUGACGUGCGCCGGCGACGGGUCUGCAGCCCUCUGGGGCGGCGCGGCCAGUGACGGCGCGGAGGCGCAGGCAGCUACAGCUUUGGGCGCAGCAGUACACGUGCCGGACGUGCUCGGUGACGGACUCGCGGCGGUGCGGGGCGGCGGCGUGCUGGGUGGCGUGUGGUGUGGGGAGCAGGCGGGCCCCCUGGCGGCCUUCCACGCGGCGUCGCUGACCCGCGCGGCCGCGUGGGACGCGGUGCGCGGGGUGAUGGUGGUGGGUGACGACCGCGGCGUGGUGCGGGCCUGGGCGCCGCCGCUGCCCUAGCCCCCUAGCUGAAGGGGUGUGUGGGGAUGGGGGUGGGGCGCUUGGCAAGUGGUCUCUGAGCUGAUUUGGAUACAUGGUGUGUGUGCACGUGGACCGUAUUGUCCGUAGGCUGCGGGCAACAGGACCGCCAGGGGUCGUAUCUUGUUUUGGGGGUAAUGUCUAGCUCCAGACAAAAACGGCCCGGUGGCCGCCGUCUUUUGUCUGGGCACAUGGCGGUUUGUUGGCUUCUCCAUAGGAAUUGGGACAAAACCCGCCCCAAACCCGGGCCAACAAAGUCUCGCCCCAGACAUUAGCCCCCGGGAGGAAUGUCUAGGAAACGGCCAAAAUGGCCAAUCAAUGUCUGGAGACAUUAAGAUAGGAGCCCUGAGGACCGCAAUUGUUUUGGCGAUGCGCCCUGUGAUGCCUCCCUGGCUCCGACCGCUUGUAAGUCGCAAUUUAG